AUGGAGAAUUCUGAAGGCCAACUUAUCGAUCUUUACAUUCCUCGCAAGUGUUCUGCCACCAACCGUCUCAUCACUGCCAAGGAUCACGCUUCUGUUCAAAUCAACGUUGCUGAUGUUGAUGCUGAAGGUCGCGCCACUAACACCUUCUCCACUUAUGCUUUCUGCGGUUUCGUCCGUAAGGAAGCUGAGUCUGAUGACUCUCUUAACCGUCUUGCUCAAGAAGAUGGCUAUUUAAAGAAUGUCUUUUCUUACCAACACUAA